AGUUAUGUUUCGGGGUUUAGGGUUUACAGUUGAUGAUUUAGGAUUUAAAGUUGAUGUUUUAAAUUUAGAUUAGUUAACCAUUUAUUUAUUUUUUUGUCAAAGUUAAUCAAAAUGUUAUAAACGUUUUUUAUCCUUCAUUAAAGGUGAGGAUAAAAAUGGUUAGUGUAAACAUGAAAAGCAGUACUUUGAAAAUAGUAUUUUUGGCAAUUUCUCAUAAGUAAUUUGUUAAAAAAAAUUAUAUCGUAAAAUAUGUAGAUUUACGUUGUGAGUUUGAUAUAAAAAUAUGAGUUACUAUUUAAAAAAAACUUAUUGGUAACUUUUGAUGUCUAAAUUGCAGUGUUUUAUUGUUAUAAUUUUUAAAACAACUGCAAAUAAUAAUAAGAUUAAUGAAAUUUAUUAUAAAUUUGAUAAAAAUAACAGAUUAUAGAAAUUAAAAAUAUUACCUUGAAAACUAACGAAAGAUAUUGAAUUAUAUAUAUAUAUUUAUAACAAAAGUUCCCAUAUAUAUAUAUAUAUAUAUCAAUAACAUUAGUUUUAUAACUUUUAUAAUUUUAAGAAAUAAAAACUAAAGUUUUAAGAAAAUUUAUGUUUGAAUAAUUAAAAUGGAAAUUAAAAUUUUUUGUAAAAACAAUUGACUAACAAAUAAAAAGAUAUAUCAAAUUAUUAAUGAUGUUUUAUUAACAAAUGAAAAGGUAAACGUAAACAAUUAUAACAUGUACCAAAAAUUAUUUAAUUUGUUUAAUAAAAGUGAACAUGGGAUGACUAAUAGAAAACCAAAAAGUACUAACUCAUAAAAUUUCUUGGUAAAUCUAGCAUUAAAGUUACAAUAAAAGUUAUGAUUUGAUGUAACUUGUCGUUAAACAUAUGUGAAACAAAUUAUAAAUUUACUUAAUAAGUUAGUUAUUGUUUACAAGCAUAUGAUUGAGAAAAAAUGAUAUAUAGAUUGUAGUAUAUAAUAUUUUUAAACAGAUACAAAUAAUAAUAAUGUGAUGACAUUUAUUAUAUAACUUAAGUAAAAAUAUAUCAGAAAUGUAAAUAUUACUUACAAAUUUAACAAAAUUAUAUUGAAAUAUAUGUAGAAAACUUUCUUAGAAUACCAUAAGUUUGCUAGCAUUUUCAAAAAUACACUUAAUCAAAACUACUCUAAUAUAUAGGGUUAAGGUUUAGUGAUUAUUGUUAGGGUUUAAUUAUAUGUAUGUAUAUAAUUAUAAAAGUUCCCAUAUUUAUAAAUAAUAUUAGGUAUAUAACUUUUUUAAUUAAAAACAACAUUAAAGCCAUUCAGCUCGACCAUGCUUUUGGUUCCUGAAUCAUUGAGGUUAUAUAUUUACAAUCUGUUUCAAAGUACUGGCAAUCUCCGUGGUGAAGCAUGUUCUCCGUAAACCAAAUAAGCGCUCGUUGUUUAGAUUGUAUUUUCUUUGUUUCUAAACUAUAGGAAUUAUUCAUUCCUAGAGCCAUUCAGCUACACUCAACCAUAGGGAUGAUUGGUAAGUGCUGUAGUUUUAUAUUUUUUAUUGUAGAAUUUAAUCUGUAAAUUUAUUUGCUGUAGCUUUCCUUGUUGUAGAUUUCUAAAGCACUAAUUUUUUACUCUGGAAACAAAGCUCUCUACAGCAAUAUUUUGAUUUUGCAGAAUUUUUUUUUCUGUGAGUUUUUCAAAGAAAACAAAGCUCGAUUGGUUGACAUAUAUAGCUGUAGACUAAAUUUUAGCUGUCCAGAAUAUCUACCGUCCCAACCAAUCAUCCCCAUAUUAACUGUACUGCGAUUUUUGAUUCCAAGAUCCAUUUAAUGUGCAAAUAUUCUGUAAACUUAAGGCUUGGAUAUUUUUUUUGUCAGACCGUACUGUUUGUGCCUCUUCUGAAACCCUCAAAUUCACAUCAAAGUCAAACCAUUCAUCAUAUUCAUUUUGAGCAUGUAUAAUCAGCUCUUGUGGAUGCACGGGUGAUAUCUGUUGAAUAACUUGUUAUUCCGGAUUUUUCAUAGAAAUCAAAUUAUCCAUAGACAAAGGUCUCUAUCAAAUUAAGGGCCUUUAAUAUAUUUUGAACUAUGUUAAAGAGAAAAAAAUGAAUGUAGGAAGGAUAGCUAAUAGAAUGUCAAAAAAUACUAACUCAGACUUUCAUACAUGACUUAAUUUUGUUGAUGUUAUUAUAUCAUUCGAAUAAUUUUACACAAAAAAAAAGAAUAUAACUCAGAUGUAAAGCACUAUAACUCAGAUAGAAAUAUUAAAAGGUUAAAAUUAAUUUAUGAUUAGUAACAUUUUGAGUUAUAUUCAUUACUCAAACUAAAACAAAUAUAAUGAAUGUUACUUUUCAAAGAUAAUAUAGGAUAUUUUUUAAUUCUUCACUUUAUAGUAGCUUUUAAAAAAACUUUGAUAUAUAGAUUUGAUUGCUAAGAAAUUAAAAUGACAAUUAAUCAAAUAGUAAUUUAUAUUAUUAAAACUGAAGUAAUUUUUAGUAUUGUUUGGAAACAUGAAUAGCAGUAUAAAUGAAAAUUGUUUGGAAAUAUGGAUAUCAAUAUUUUUAGUACUUUCUUUUAUUUAUACAUUUAGCCAUUGCAAUUAUAAUAAAUUAAGUAAUUCCUUUUUGUAUUUCUUUUUAUUUAUAGAUUAUGCCAUUGUAUUUAAAAUCAAUUUAAAUUAAUUAAUUACAAUUCCAAAGUUUAUUCAACCAAAUCGAUAUUCAGACCAUUAUUAAUAUUGUACGAAUAUUGACUAAAUCACAUGUAUUAAAGAGAGAUAAAAUUUUUCUAUACUACAUCAAAUUGUAUCAAGUUGUAAUUUUUUAAUAUAAUAUUAUGUAAAAAAACAUUAUUAUCAAACAUCUAUAUUAUAAAAUAGUAUAUUAUACUCUAUAUAAAUUACAAAAUCUAUAUAUAUAAAAAAAUAUUUGUCUCCCUCCUGUUGCACCACCUCAGCAUCCAAGUCACAAAAUCGAGUCAUGAGAAGCCGACACGUGUCCCUUUUAUAAAUACUCUGCGUUUCAUUUAUAGAGUGGGCUGCUGCUUUCAGUUUUGUUAUAGAGUUGAGCUGAAACUGAAAACAUUGUCGAAGCCCAAUAUUGACAAUCUUGCAAUCAUCUAUUUUUAAGGUUCAUGAUAUUCUUCAAACUCUGAUUUGUUAAACCGACCAUGGAGUUUUGGAUAGGUUAUGAGAGACGAAUUUUACGGCCAAUCUUUGGUAAGAGCUGUCAUUUGUGUCGAUUUGUCUGCAUUCCUUCUCGACGGCAAAGGGAAACCGGACCGUUAAGGGAUGCAUUCAGUGUUGCCAUUGACAACCUUCUUAAUUACCCACCCCUCCAUGUUUCCUUAUUCAAUGAAUAUCUUUUUUCUUCCAGUCGGUGAAUCUUCUGCUAUAAAAGGUGAGCUUGAAACCCGUGAACAUCAUCAUUUCAUUCCACACAACCAUAAAAAAAAUUCUUUGAGCAGACUGUGAAAGAAGAAGCAAGAGAGGCGUACCUGAGUCUCACUGGAAGAGCCUAAGCUUGAUGGUCCAAGUUCGCCAGAAAAUAAAUUGGAAGCUCAGGUUUCGAACCUUGAUUUGGUUGGUCAGACUGUUGUUCUCAAAGAAGUCGACGAGAGUUACAGGUCGGGAUCGACAUCUAAGUCAAAUCUAGAAAGGAGAGCUUCGAUCGAUUAAGGAGGUAUGAGUGAGAUUCGCGAAUCUCUCUCAAGCUGACUCAACCGAAUAUGGAUGCGCUUUCCACGGAGAUAAAAUUGUCGGAAGAAUACAAAAAUUAGCGACAGGAGACGCAUCGGGAUCGACUGGAUUUUUGACCAUCCGGUAAGUCGGGCCUCUAUAGACAUGACAACAAGUCCUGACGGAGUCGCUGAUAUUGUCAUCGCAACAAAAUCAGAUAAUGAAUAAGAAGCUUAGCUUAAUUCAAUCUCAGAAGGAGAUUAAAGAUUGUUGGAGAUGAUUAGAUUUGGAGUUCUGCUGAGACAAAACAGUGGCAAUGGAUUUGGUGCUAGGAUGAGCUUGGAGGUUAACGAAGAUUAGGAAAAGAUUAGGUAUGAAGAAUAGAGGAAGACGAUUGCUCAAAAAAAAAAGAAUAGAGCAAGACAAAGGAGAUUUUGUUUGAUUCAUGGUGUCGAAAGAGAAAAAAAAUUAGGUUAGAGUUGGUCAGGUGACUGUUAGUGGGCCUUAGCUCUAGCUUUGUUACAGCAGCCCACUCCAAAGCCCACUUCUAAAUACCUGCACAAAGACAAGUUUGUUAAUUUUGUACGUGAAAAUAGAAAAAUAGGAUGCAAGUCAUACGAGUUUACGAACUUUAAAAGAUAUAUGUUUCUCUUUAAAAGAUAUUUAAAACAUAUACGUCGUAUUUUCAUAAAGCACAUAUAUGUUUCUCUUUAAAAGAUAUUUAAAACGGGUUCACAUUUCAUCAAAUCAAAGUCUACAAAAAUUUUAAAUAAGUGAAUAUGUCAGUUUUCUUUUAAAUCAUUAAAAUCAAACCAACAAAAUAUUAUUAAAAAUCACAACAGAUAGUUGGAAAACAUAUAAACCAAAUAUAACAAAAAAAAACAUAAGAACAAAAAAAAGAAAACAGUUUGUAUUAAUAUAAACAAAAAGAUUUAUUCUAAAUGUGUUAAAAAAAACUCAUGAAUUCCAAAACAAAAUUAACCAUAGAUUCUAUACUGAUAUAAUCAUAAAUGUUUUAUAUAUUUGCAUGGCUAGAAGUAUAGAUGUAAUACAAAAAAAUGAUAAAAUAAAUAAAAGUAUAAAUAAAUUAAGAUAACCUAAAACAAAACUAAUCAAUAGAUAUAUAUGCAACACCAAAAUAAGUUUAAUUAUAAAAUUUAGUUAAUAGCAACAAGAUUGGAUUGAGUUCCUGACAUUAAACAAUUUUAACACAUAAAAUAAAAAAUAUAACAACAAUUAUAAAAACAAAAAUAAUAAGAAAAUUAUUCCCGCGCGUAGCUCCAUUAAAAAUAUAUUUUUGAAAUUUUGAAAUUUUGAAAAUUCUUUUGGAGAUGUUCUUAACACGAAACAAUUGGUUUUGAUUCGUACUCCAUUAUAUGUUCAUCUUGUAAAUAAUAAUAACAUAACUAUUAUAUAUAACUUUUAUAUAAAAGAUAAACAAAUCAUCUUUUAAAAAAUGUAUUCAUCUUUCAUAUUUUUUUUUCAAUUUCAAUAUUUUGAUGUUUUCGUUGAAUUACAGAUAAAAGAUAAUAUACUAUCAUCAAAUUAAACACACAUUAUAUAUCAAAUAAUUUAAUAAAGUAGGUAAAAUUUAACUAAUAUAUAGUAUCAUAAAGUUAUUUUUUUUUUGAACAACAUAAUCAACUAUUGUAACAUAAACAAAAUAUAUAUUAUCACAUAUAAUCCCUCCUCACCUAAAACUUUAUAAAAGACAAAACACGUUAUCAUACACUAUCAUACACAUCUCUUGCAAAUGAAAACUUAAAACAUAAACCACAAAAUCAUACAAAAUAAUAACCUAGAUCAAAAGUAAAAUAUAUCCCGCCCGUAGGGCGGACCGAUCCUAGUAUAAAAAAUAUACAUGAGAUUUUUUUAUAAAACUUGCAGUUUAUGAAUUUGCUUUAAACACAAGUUAAAUCAAAAGCCUAUGCGAAGGCUUGGGUCAAGUUUUAGUUUUAAAUUAAAACGGACAAACACUAAAUGAUAAAAAUUCACUAAUUUAUUGUAUUAUAUCUGAGAAAAGAGCCUGGCUGAAGAUGAUUUUUGUGUAUUUGGUUCAGCCCCUUACUCCUAUCAUGGCGAUGCUGUCUCCCUCUUUGAAGUAUUUGCUUCUGUCGGAUAUCCCAACCUUGGUGGAGUUUCCUUCUUCAUUUCAGAAUCUCCAUCAACUAUAUGAAUUGAGAAUUAAGAACUGCGAAAAUCUGGAGACUCUUCCCACCGGGAUGAACAUCCCAUCACUUGGAGUGUUUGAUCUCAGUGGAUGCUCAAGGUUGAGGACUUUUCCUGAUAUCUCGACCAACAUCUUAUGGCUCUUUCUAGACGAAACAGCCAUUGAAGAGGUUCCUUGUUGGAUUGAGAAAUUCUCUGAGCUUGAGAUGAUAAAGAUGAAUGGAUGCAACAAGUUAGAAUAUGUAAACCUAAACUUUUCUAAACAUGACUAUCUUCAUCAAGUUGAAUUUUCAGACUGCAAGGCACUGACUGGAGCUAGCUGGAAUGAUCGUCCAACAAGCUGGAAUUAUAGUCCAACAAGCUGGAAGGAUACGCGAACACCCCUUUUUGAUUUCACCAACUGCUUAAACUUGGAUCUAGAAGUUAUGCUUCAACUGAAAACAUAUUCAAAUUGUCGAGUGAAGUUUUCAGGUGAAGAGGUGCCUUCAUAUUUCACUCACUGUACUACUGGAACCUCCUCCUCUCUCACCAUUCCUCUACUUCACAGCUCUCUCACGCAAUCAUUCCUCAGAUUCAGGGCUUGCAUUGUGUUUGAUUCCGACAGUUUUCAAAGUCCGAAUUUCGGAAAUAUGCUUAGAUUCAAAGGCAGUUUUCGGAACUGCUCUGAUUCCUAUGAUCGGGCACAAGACUUCUGCGCAGACACCAAGGAUUAUCAGAUUCCUGUGGACUACUUUUCUCAUGAGAAGGAUUUUGGUCUUUAUAUAUUGGACUGCCAGAUGUCUCAAAUCCCUCUGGAAAUGAACUUCGAUCACGUGGAUAUUGAGAUUCAUGUCAAAUAUCUUUUGGGUAUUCCUAUUGACAUAAAAGAAUGGGGUAUAAGAAUCACAGAGGAGGACUGUUCAUCGGCGGACAACCGACUUGGUAAUCCAAACACUUUAGCACAUGUUUUUGAAGGCAAUAUGACUAAUGAAGCUCGAGAAAGUCAAGAAUCUGAAGGCGAAGAUGAAGUAACAGAACCAAGCAGUAAACGAAUGCGGAUUUCGUGAAAUAAAAACUUAGAAUAGGGAGACAAGAAAACGAAUACGGUAAGCUUCUUGCUAUGAACUUCUAUUUUCUCUCUCAACUCUUUUCCAAUGUAAGCUUAUGUUACAUAACAUUCAUGAUUCAUCACUGGAUUGUUUCUGAAUAUGCCCCUGUUGUAUCGGGUGGCCACAAUUAAACUCUGCGACACAGUUUGCUUCAGUUCGAUAAGCUUAGUGUUACUUUAACCCUGUUGACAUUUCAGAUUCUCAAACAAUCUGCUGGUUUGGUUUAUUACUUGUGUUCAGGAAAGCUGGAGGAAGCCAAAUGGUAUUUGAUUACCGAGUAAUUAAAUUUCUACUCUCAACUUUCUCCUCUAUUUCUCUCGUUGUGCCUUUCCUUGUUGGCAGCAGCUUUUGAAGACUUUGAGUCAGAUUCAGAGUAAUAACCACAUAAAAUCCCAUAAGAACCUUGAACUCUUUAUUAUAAAUCUGUACUUAACAAGUAAGUGUAACCACAUAAACACUUGCACAUUUCUGUGUGUUCGUAAAAUAAGUAUGUUAAAAAGAUCUCUAUGAAUAUAACUUUUCUUUAAACUUGCAAGUAAAACAUAACUGUUGCAGCCUUACAGAUGAGUUAUAUCAUGUAUGACACAAAACCAACACAAAAACGACAAUUAUCAAAGGUAAGGAAGAAGAAAAAGGUUCACAUUAUGGCUGAAAGAAGAAACCCAACCUAAAACCGCGUUGGUUUCUUCUUCUUGAGAAGCUCUAAGGAGUUCGGCUUUAUUGUUAGCGUUUAGUUCCUGCAAAUCCCUUACCAAUACUCUCUUUUGAGCCUUUUGCAUUUGCUUUCGCUUUCAACCGCUGGCCGCUUCAGGCUUCUCUGCUUCACAGCACUAUUAUUACUACCACCUUUGUUUCCUUAUCUGGUCUCAUCUUUGUUUGUGCAGGGCUUUUCUGAUAUGUCUUCUUCUUGUCAUCACCGGAUUUUGAAGCUCUUACCAGGGCUGUACCGGAGUACAAGCCAAUCAAACAUAUGCUUGGGACCUUGAAAAAUUAUAUAACUAUUAGGGGCCAAUUCUGAACAGAAAUAAUUAAGUAGUUAUGUUGGUAGUGUACCUAUUAGCAGUAGACAAAGUUCGCGGUUCAAUUCUCUGUCUCUAAGCUUCAAAUAUCCUUUCUUGAGUACGAGAUUUGCAGCUUCCUAUAUUAAGUUGAAAGGACUAGUCGGAUCUUAUAAGUUACUCCUACACCUUAAAAAAAAUCAAAGCAUUUAUUCUCCGUGUUUCAAACAAGACGUAGGCUAUUCCUUUUCCAAUGUUCAAACGGGGAUCUCUAAUAACACGAACAGCUUCCACAUUGUUCUCCAGGUUACUCUUACCAGUAAACAAUUGAUUCACCUCCUCACCCUGCAUUAGAGAAAAACAAACACAAAAAAACUGAGAAUAUUCGCGGUUGAAGAAGAGAGUUCUGAGAUUACUACUAGUACUAACCUUCACAUCGAAAGGGAGAUUCCCCAUAAAGACUGUCCUCAUAGAAUCAUACAAAUGGUCUAUCCACAUAACACGGAUAUGAUUCCCAGCAAUCUGAAUACACAUAACACCUUUAGAGACUCAACCACAGAGAAAAAAAGGGAGAAAACUGUUAUAUUACCAGAGACAUGUUAUGUGCCAGAGACGCUUCAGCAGGUUCCUCUGUUUCGAAUACAACAUAAGCAUUA